UCCAUCGCAGAAAAUCUCUCAGAGGGGUGACGGAGCGGCGGCUAUCGCGGACCUCUUCACCGUCAACCCUCCACCCCUUCCUCCUUCUUUUUAUUCUGUCUAUAUCAACUUUACAUCCAGCCGGUCACAUUGAUGUGAUCUGUGUGUUGAUCUGAUUUCCCCCAUUUAAGCUACAAGCAUGAUCCACCAGAAUGAGCAGCGUGCCAAUCCACCUGCAGUCCAUCCUCAUCAAGACCCUUAGAGUUGAACAAAUCCAGGCCCAUUGGAGCAGGAAGAAGUGUUGGCGUCGUCUUUCCGGCUCUUCUGACUCUAUAAUGGAGCUGCCUUCGCAGGGUUCCGCUUUGUCUGCUCCGCUCUACAACGCCAGCGUGCCGCUAAAUGCCUCAGAGAAUUUCACCAACGAGCAUCUCACUGAAAUCAAUCUUUUGGAGAUUCUUGGUCCCAAAAGAUCUCCGUUCUUCCUCCCCGUGACGACGGUUUACCUUCUCAUCUUUCUGAUUGGCCUGUCUGGAAAUGUGCUCACCUGUGCAGUGAUAGCAAAGCACAAGAGGAUGAGGAACCCCACCAACUUCUACCUUGUGAGCCUGGCCGUGUCGGACCUCCUAGUGCUGAUGUUCGGGAUGCCCUUGGAGAUUUACGACCUGUGGCAGAACUACCCGUUCCCCUUCGGCGAGGGCGGCUGCUACUUCAAGACCUUCCUCUUCGAGACGGUCUGCUUCGCCUCCAUCCUCAACGUCACAGCGCUGAGCGUGGAGCGGUACAUCGCCGUGGUGCAUCCUCUCAAAACCCGUUACCUGUCCACCAACCAGCAUGCCAAGCGCGUCAUCACAGUGGUGUGGGUGGUGUCAAUGGUCUGUGCCAUCCCCAACACCUCCCUGCAUGGCAUCUUCUACCUGCCAGAGAAAAUGGAGGAGUCAGCCAUCUGUACUGUGCUCAAGCCCCUGUGGAUCUAUAAUUUGCUCAUGCAGAUCACAACCGCCUGCUUCUACUUCAUCCCAAUGAUGAUCAUCAGCGUUCUGUAUCUGGUGAUGGGCAUUCAUUUGGGCAGAGAGAGGCGGCACGCCCGGAGGCACCUGGGGAAGAGCUGCUACAGCAGCAGCCGAAGGAACCUCACCGUGGAGAACGGGCGCCGGAGACAGGUCAUCAAGAUGCUCUCGAUCGUGGUGGCGGUGUUUGGACUCUGCUGGGCGCCAUUCCACAUCGAGCGCGUCCUGUGGAGUUCAGUCAGUCAGUGGACCGACUUGAUGCACAAUGUUUACCAGUACGUCCACAUCCUGUCGGGAAUCCUCUUCUACCUCAGCUCCGCAGUCAACCCAAUCAUCUACAGCCUUUUGUCCACGCGCUUCCGGGAGUGCUUCCGGGAGCUCGUCUGCUCCCACGUGGAGGACAGCAGCUCCGUCAGAGACUCGCCGCCUUUCCCCAAGACUUUACUGGAUUCCUCCCCCAGGACUCAGGCCCUGAUGAAGGACUCCGGCUCCAUCGUCCCGUUGCUGUCUCCAAAGGGGACUUUGAGCAUGGACCCUGCAGUCCUCACGUGCAUGUGUAAAGAGGAGACCUGCAACACCUCAGCGUUCUGACAUUUGCUUUAAAUACACAAACGGCAGCGCCGAACCUCUAAUGUUUUGAAGAAGUUUGACUUUUUCGAGUCUCAGCUGUCACUGUGUCUUUGGGGGAGGAACGCCUAUCCCCACAUUUCCCUCCGUCGUGAGAAACCUGUGAGUCUCUUUGGUUAAACAUUUGCUGAAAGACAGAUUGUAAAGGCAACACUCUGCUUCUUAUUAUGUGCAUGAUUCAAAUGCCUCUUCUCUGCAGCAGCUCGCUCCUAUCCCCCUGAAGCUGCUGACACUGUAUCUUCAAUUUGUAGUCCAACUCUGUCAUUACAGCAGUACGGGUAAUCUUUGUCAGGAGACAACCACAUCUAUUUUUCAUCUCCUCACAGUUAAGCUGCUGGUGUUUGCUUAGGAGAGACACGGGAACCAGGGAACCAGGAAUGAUCUUGAGAUUUUCAAUUCAAAGCUAUUGCUUCAGGACCUUUUUUGACGGGAUUAGACAGAACUCACAGGUUUCUGUUUCAUCAGUAGUUCUGUGACGCACAGAAUUAAACAGAUGGAGAGACGGAGGCAGCUGAUGCUGAUGGAAAAAGUCACUUUUAAAUGAAUUUAGUGUUCUGCGUCCCUCGCCGUCUGGAAUAGGGAAAAAUCAGAAGUGCUGACAAGUUAUUGAUGGGAAAAGGGGUAAAUGGAAGGACUGACUUUUCCAGUAUAAUCUCAGUUUUUGCUGGGAUUGCAGAGAUUCAGCUCAGUCUUUACUCUCUUUUCUGAGGAGCUGCUGCUGCCCAAUUUGAGCGUAGUCUAAAGAAAAUUUGUUCUUGUUAGCCUGAUUUCAUGGUUUCAGGCUCUGGUGAAGGAUUGUAACAGAAAGGAUGUGUUUUCAUCCAGUCAUUUGCAGAUCUUCUUCCAGCCAUGAUCAGACUUGGGUUGUGGCUUCAGCCUGUAGGUUUUAGAGCUUUGAGAGGAGAAAAGGCGCUCAAAAAAACUAAAAACAAAUCUUAUCCUUAUUUACCAUGAAGUCACACCAUCUGUGAAGUAAAUCCCUUUCAUCAUUGCUGGAGCUUUAGAGGAAAUUAACAAAGUGAGGCAGAAACAUGUUGAGGUGAGCAUCAGUAAGGCUUUAAAUGAGUUUAUUUAAGGCUGUUGUGAAGCCAGAAAACCUUAUUCUGAACCGAAAAAGGUUCAGGUGGACCACGAGAAGAUAAAGAGUCAAAAUGUGCAAACGAGCAAAAUUGAUCACUGGUGUUGAAGGAAGUGGCUCAUCCAGAUGUACUGAAAAUUAAAUCUCAUCCCUGGGGAACCACUGACAGUAUGAAAAACUGGACUGGGUGAGUUUGAUAUCCCCCCCUUAAAAAAGGCUUACUGUGAUUUCAAUGAAUGAUGUAUUUUUGAAAUGAUGUCAUCUAACAGGCGCACGGAACUAUGUUAACACCUCGUGAUAAGCGAGAGAGAAGGGUCAGAGAUAAGUCUGUCCGUCAGUCAGACUUUAUUAUGUGUUCACAGUAACUCUCUACAUGUUAGCUGAGUUAGCAUAUUUAACAAUAACACACAACCUUGUUUGCAACUCGUGAAAACCCAGAGGCAUUUUGACAGAUCAAAAUCGCUUCGACAUCAAUAAACACAACCGGCAUCAGUCCAUAUAUAAAUUGCUCCGGGUUAUAAGGCGCACUGUAGUUAAAAAAAAAAAAAUUCAGCUGGAAAGGGGGGCAGAUAAAUGUAAAGCGGCGCUGACAGGUGGUCAUUUCUUUAUUUUUUUAUCCUCAUUCUUUCUGGUUGGGCUGAGAGGUAAAAACAAUAAAAAAGCCUCCGAGUUUUCUGUUUUCUGUUCAAUAAAACACUGUGUUGUGAGGUGUCCUUAAUAUGGUGUCUGUUAAGGCCAGCAAUUAUGAAUGUGAUUUAAUGACUCCUAUGCUAUUGUUGUCUGUGAUUGCAGCCACAAAUUCUGAUUGAAGCUAUUGUGCAAUGGCUUCAUUUAAAACAGCUACAGAAGUAAAUGUGCAAUCUAUAGGUAACUAUUAAAUAUGACAGUUGGUGCAGAGUAACUUCUGAUUAAAGAUUUCAUUGACGUUCUCACUCUGAAACGUGUUCUUUUAUUCUAAAGGUUGUGCUGUUUUUCCAUUGUUUUGCCCUUAUAACAACAUAAAGUUUGAUUAUAAAGUUUGAUUGAUUAUAAAAUUGGCAUGUAGGCAUGAAUUCGGCUCAUUUUUGGUCGCUGCAGCGCAUCAACAGCUUUCACAAUUUUUUUUUUAUCUGCUGGCUGUGAUGAAAUAAAUGCAGCCAAAUGAUAUGAUCACAGGCUUAAUAAAUGUUUAUUUUUGUGUCCCAACAAACAGUCAAGGGGCCAUUUUGCUGUCUUCUGCAGGUGCAUUAUUUUACCUGAAGGAAUCAUUUCACAGUCAGAUGAGUGUCUGAAUUCAGAGUUCGUCUCUUGUUAUUGAGCCCAAAUCAAUUUGCAUUUAUAACACUGACUGCAUGAGUUUGUAGUACAUGUACAGCUCCAGAUAAUCAACAACACAGACCUGGAGUUAAACAAUAGGGGGGGAGGGGGGGGCUUUCCUUUUACAGAAAAUCCUUU